ACUCUCCCCCCAAACCCACAGUGCAGCUGUACGUGGAGCAGAAGGAGGUGCAGGAUCAGAAGGAGGUGCAGGACCAGAAGGAGGUGUUGGAGGGGAGCUCUGUGAGUCUGUGCUGCUCUGCUGAGACUCUCUGCUCCUCUCCUCCACCAACUCUCACAUGGAGCUCCACUCCCAGAAUCCCCCUCAGUGAGAGCAGCAGACUAGAGGAGCUCAUCUCUGAUCUGAACUUCACUGCUACUCACCGUCAGCACAGAGUCACUUUCACCUGCACUAUAACCUACCAGCUACAGGACGAGAACAAAACAGCACAGCACAGCAUCACAUUACAUGUUCAGUAUUCGCCUAAAAACACAUCAGUGUCUGUGCUUCCCUCCAGCUCUGUGUUGGAGGGCCGUUCAGUGACUCUGACCUGCAGCAGUGAUGCAAAUCCAGCAGUGCUGAACUACACCUGGUCCAGAGAGAGUGAAGGACAGAUGGAGCAGCUGCAGACUGGACACACUCUUACCUUCGAUAGGAUCGACCUGAAACACAGAGGCUGGUACCACUGUACAGCUCAGAACCAACAUGGCACACAAAACUCUUCAGUGAUGCUGGACAUUCAGUAUGCCCCUAAAAUCUCUCCAUCCUCCAGUUGUGCCAGAACUGAUGUAACUGUGUGUUUCUGUGAGGCUGAUGGGAAUCCCUCUCCUGAACUGGAGUGGCAUCUGUCUGAACGUCCUGUCACUAACUCUUCAAACACGUUCAUCAGUGAAGAGCGAUUGAGCAGCACAGGCUUGAGGAGCUCCAUCACUCUUCAUCAGUCUCUCACACACACAUCCACUCUGCAGUGUGCCAGCAACAACACUCAUGGCACUGCAAGUCAACGGUUUUAUGUCACUCCUCAGGUGUCAGUUCUAAGAGAAAGCAACACGAGACGAGACGGUGGCACUGGACUGAUUCUGACUGACAGGGAGGAUGAGAGUAGCCCUGUUUAUGCCAAUAAUGCCAUGCUGUCUCCUACUGGAGCUGAGAAAGAACUCCAUUAUGCCUCCAUUGACUUCACAAACAUCCAACCAGAGUCAGAAGAGAUCAGAGGCGUCUCCUCGCUGACAACUGACUACGCUGUGGUCCGAUGUUAUCCUGGUGGACUAUCAGAGGCAGAGAGCUCAAUAGGAGGUGAUCAGCUCAACAGCGGCAUCUCAGCUAGUGCCUAUGACCCCCUGUCCACCCUUGAAAGCACCUACGAUGGAGCAGUGGAAGAAGGUUGGCUGGGAAGUAAUGGCACCAUGAUGGACUGUGGGACAACGACAAACCGGUGGAGCGAGUGUGAUGCCCUGCCCAGUGUUCUGCUGGGAAACCUUGGGUCCGGUUAUUCAUGUGGAUUGGUGUUCCCUGGUGGAAGUGGCCUCUUUCAGCAGGAUAAUGCACACUGCCACACUGCAAAGGUUUUGACUUGGUCUCCAAAUUCCCCAGGUCUCAAUCCAACUGAGCAUCUUUGGGAUGUGCUCUAUCUCGCAACCUGUGGAACUUGA